UAACGGUAGUAUUUAGUGGGAAAGAGAAAUACCAGUUCGUGAGUGACAGCUUGUUGUGUAAGAGCAUUAGUACAGUUACGGUAGAAAAAAAAAUGUUGAAAAUGUUAUUUUUGUUCCUGUGUUUGGCACUACUUUGUUGUAGUUCUAUUCAAGCAGAAAAUCAUGUCGAUAAUGAACGAAGUUUUGCCAUCGACUACGAAAACAAUCAAUUCUUACUCGAUGGUAGGCCGUUCAGGUAUGUCAGUGGCAGUUUUCAUUAUUUCCGCACUCCCCAUCAAUACUGGCGAGACAGACUGAGAAAAAUUCGAGCUGCUGGGUUAAAUGCUGUUUCAACAUACGUCGAAUGGAGUUUACACCAACCUGAACCAAAUAAAUGGGUGUGGGAUGGGGAUGCGGAUCUCGUAAAAUUCAUAAAACUAGCUCAAGAAGAGGAUUUGUUGGUUUUGUUAAGACCAGGGCCAUACAUCUGCGCUGAAAGGGAUUUUGGAGGUUUUCCAUACUGGCUCCUUAGUCGAGUGCCUGACAUCAAACUGCGCACCAGCGAUACAAGAUAUCUAAAGUACGCGGAGGACUAUUUGAAUCAAGUUUUAACGAGAGUGAAGCCGUUGUUGAGAGGCAAUGGCGGACCGAUUAUUAUGGUUCAGGUGGAAAACGAGUACGGAAGCUUCAAAGCGUGCGAUAAAAAAUACAUGAACAAACUGCGCGAUAUCAUCAAAGGCCACGUCGGAAGUGACGCCGUUUUGUACACGACCGACGGAUCGUCCAGACAAGCGCUACGCUGCGGAUCCGUCCCGGGAGCUUAUGCAACCAUUGACUUUGGCACUUCUGGAAACGUCACGUAUAACUUCAAGCUCAUGCGAGAAUCGGAACCAAAAGGGCCACUGGUAAACUCAGAAUUCUAUCCCGGAUGGCUGGCCCAUUGGGAGGAGCCCUUCCCGAGAGUUAAUAGCUACAAUGUGACGAAAAAACUUGACGAGAUGCUAUCUGUCGGAGCAUCUGUCAAUUUUUAUAUGUUCUACGGUGGAACUAACUUUGCCUUUACUGCAGGCGCUAACAUAUUUGACAACUACAUACCGGAUUUGACAUCCUACGAUUACGAUGCACCUUUGACCGAAGCUGGUGACCCGACCCCAAAAUAUUUUGAUAUUAGAAAAACCGUUUCCAAGUACCUUCCACUGCCCAACGUACCAACGCCCAACGUAUCGGUAAAAGGAGACUACGGUACUGUACCAAUGACGGCAGUUUUGCGGCUGUUCGAUCCAGAAGCACGUCACCUGUUCGGCAGCAAAACAGUGCACUCCACAAAACCGCUGACCUUCGAAGCUCUGAACCUCCCACAUUGGCUCGUUCUGUACACCGCGGACCUACCAGUGGGCGAAAGCUCGAGAGACGACUCUACUUUGCACGCGACUCCGAAAGACCGAGCCCUCGUUUAUUUCGAUGACAAUUUGUCCGGGGUGCUCAGUAGGACGCACAACGUAAGGAGCGUGCAACUGAAAACUCCUGGGGCCAGAAGCCUGAAGCUGCUGGUGGAAAAUCAAGGCCGGGUCAACUUUGGCAAUGUCGACGUUGAAGACUUCAAGGGGAUAUUCAACGUGACGUUGAACGACUUCGAAAUUUCACCGUGGAACGCGACCGGUUUUAAAUUCGAUACGAUCUUUGAAUCAAGCUUGGACGCUGUCGAGGUCAAAAGGUACAUGGAGGUGAGAACCCUGAGUAGUGGACCGCAGAUUCUCGUCGGGCACUUCAACGUCUCCGGAGAUCCGCGAGAUACUUAUUUGAAUACAGCCGAGUGGGGUAAAGGGAUCGCGUUCGUCAAUGGUUACAAUGUCGGCCGGUAUUGGGCUUUGAUGGGGCCGCAGAUGACACUGUACGUACCAGCGCCGUAUCUGAAGGAAGGGCUGAACAAGCUGGUGAUGGUCGAGCUGGAGUACGUGCCCGAGAAUCGUGAGAUUAAUUUCCAGAUUGCGCCAGUAUUAGAUCGUCUUAGGAAACCAAAGUUAGCUGCCUGAUUCUCUUCGAAGGAUCGCUGAUGCACGGUUUUCAACUUUUUCGAUGAAAAUAUUUUGUAAGGGUUGACCAUGGCCAUAAAAUAAUAAACAUAAAUGUUAAUUUUACUUGUUGCUCUGGGAUUGUAACUAGCAAUUUCUUUUACUCUACUUUUUUAAGUACAACUUUUCAUCAAAUCAAAAUGUUUAUGUUUACUUUUUCUCUGUUUAUUUCACUUCCCUCUACUAAAAAAAUAUCUUUCGAGUAACUUUACGUCUAACUUUAUACGUAUAUGUGUGUGUUUAACGUAUCUUUAGUUAGUUAUAUUCAUCAUAAAUUAAAUUAAUCUCUAAAUUUUGCUUGUGCGUAGGAUCAUACGAAAGAUCGUCUUAUUCAGCUCAGCUUGAAUAAAAUAUAACAAACUGUAAAAAUGAAAAAGAAAAUUUACUUUUGUAUUUUUGAAAAUCCACGUUAU